UGGAUGUUGGGGGGAAAACUCUGCCCACUCUCUACCUGGACUUUUUCUGGGCUUUGUUGUGUGAACCUUGAGGAUUUAUUGGAGUAUAUUUCACUCUUGGAUCCAAAGCUGAUAACUGGAGGCAAAAAUAUAAUCAGAACUGAGGGUUGGCACUCAAAGAAAGGCAGUGCUCAUGACCUGAAAGACCUGGAGCUUUGGCAGCCCAUCAGAGGAAGGCAGAGCCACAUCUUCAGAUCCUCAUUGGCUCCUCUGCUUUGGGGUGAGCAGGGGGCCAAAGACGGGCCUCAUGGCAGGUGUCUGGACUCGAGCGUUCUCGCAACACUCACUCUAGACGCCCCAGACGAGGCCCACUCUUCACAAGGAGACAUUCAACAGGACGAGAGUCCAUGAGGUCGUCCAUGCUGGUCCUCCUCCUCCUCCUCCUCCUCCUUGUCAGUGUCCAGGCUGUGUUGACCACAGGGGUCCAUCCAAUCCCUCAGAGCCCCCUCCAGCACCCGGCCCCUGGCAGCACCCCUGCCGCCACCGUCCCCACGGUGGACCCCAAGCUCUUCAGCAAGCACCGCCACCGCUCGCCUCGUGUGCUCUUCAGUGACCAGCCGCCCGACGCCGAGCCCCCCGCGCUCCGAGGCGGGGGCCAAGGGGGGAGGACAAGGCGCCGCGCGGCAGAAGUCCCCCAGCACCGCGGCGUCUACUCGGUCUGCGACAGCGUCAGCGUGUGGGUGGGCGACAAGACCAAGGCCACAGACAUUAAGGGCAACGAGGUGACCGUGCUGCCCAACGUCAAGAUCAACAAUGCCAACAAGAAGCAGUACUUCUUUGAGACCACCUGCAGCAGUGGCCGCGCUACCGGGUCGGGCUGCCUGGGCAUCGACGGACGCCACUGGAACUCCUACUGCACCAACUCACACACGUUUGUGCGGGCACUGACUUCUUUCGAAAACCUGGUAGCCUGGCGGCACAUCCGCAUUAAUGUGGCGUGCGUGUGUGUGCUCAGUCGCAAGUCGUGGCGACAAUAACACACACACACACACAUACACACACACACACACACACACACACACACACAUACACACACACAUACACACACACACACACACACAUACACACAUACAUAGAGAGAGAACUGGUCACACACCCCUCACUCUGAAACUGUGGACUCCUCACGGCGAACUGCGUUUGUGUUGAAAUCCCACAUCUCACUCCAGCUACAGUGAAUCCUACAUGAUUGGACACUGUUAAAUUAUGUCAAUGAUAGGUCUAUAUACUGUUGUAUUUUGUGUUGUUGUUGUUUGA